AAUCCUGGAGACAUUCUAGCAAUUUAGAUAAUCUCUGCACAUUGUUUUUUUGAUGACAGCCAAUGUUUUAUUUUUCCCAAAUAACAUAAAUCGUGUACUUUGUGGUUGAAUUUGGACAGUUUCCCAGAAAAUAGAUGACUAUUGUUUUCCAUAAUCCAGAUUGAAUAAAUAAAAAGUAAUUAAUUUAACAUAAAUCUAGCAUUUCCUAAUUUCUAAUCCCAAAGUGAGUACAAACGCCUUUGGAGCAGCAUCGAAGAUACCAGGACUUUCGGAAUGGACAGAAAACAACAACGACAAACUAUGGAUAUUGAACAAAACGCAACUGAGAUGGUUGCAUCAAAGCCAUGGUCUCUCUGGAAAACAUUUCUUGUGUGUCUCUUGGCCUGUCUAAUUGCAACAACCCUAGUUGUUUUGGUCUUAUAUUUUGUCCACUUCGGCAAAGCCCCCAACAGUAGUAGUAGUAUCAUCAUUCACACAGAUGGAAAGUCCACCCAUGUCACCUGCAUCUUUGAUUCGGCCUCCAACCAACCCACUGCCUCACCGACCCAGUCAGAACCUCAGAGCACCUUACCUGUUACACCUGAGGCAAAUCAAAGCUCUACCACCCUGAUGACCACUAUCUAUUAUUCACCACCUACUAGACCACCACCGACUGCGGAGACUGUCAAAACCACGGUGGAUCAUGAAGUGGAAAUUGAAGACUGAUGUUUUGAGUCCUCAGCCUACUCCAAAGCAAAUCAACAUCCGUCCUCUGAAAAAGCCUUGUCCGCAGUGUUCUCUUCUCCCUGCCAAGAAGUUCCAAAGUAUUUGGCUUUAUGAGAUCUCGUGUCUCUUGCUCAAUUAUUUGCUAAAUUCCCAUAUGGUAGUGACUCAGUGUUGGACCUUCCAAUGUCCAAAUAACUGGAAAAGAAAAAUUUCAAUGAAGCCUAACUUACCCAGCCUGGGACCUAGAGUUUUCUUUGUAUCCCUCCCAAAACAACAGCUUCAUUUAUCACUAAUAAGAAUUUCAACUGCUGAAAAAAGGUUUCCAGCUGGAUCCUGUCGUUAACUCUCUGUAUGUUGCUUCUUUUCAUUGUUUAUAGGGGGCAUCCCUAAGUCAUGCUCAGGAUAUUAAAGUGUCUGUCCUUCAUUGAAAUUCUGAUACACUGCCAAUUAGGCCUGCAGUUCAAUUCUAGGGCUUGAGGAUGUGUCUCUGUUCAGGCCCUGUGGUUCUGGAGAUUAUGUAGGUUACCCCCUGGUGCUCAGGGAGGCCUCCAAAGACAAGUUC